CAUUCGGGUAGUGGUGGCCUAACAUGGUCGCGACGAUGCAUUGAGGCGAGGUGCAAAUUGUGCGAUUCGAUACAAAUGCCGGACGACUUGGCGAGCUCGUAAGGGCAGUUCCAGGCAGCAGUUCACUUCAAACAAAACUGCCACCAGGGCGCAUGCCACUGUCACUAAAGCAUGAUGGAAAACCCCCAGUGACAGUCAGUCCUGCUGAAGAAUUCUUUCCGAAAAGUGAACCAGACCCAACUGUCAAACCGACCACGGCGCCCGCCAAACCGACCACGGCGCCCGCCAAACCGACCCCGCCGCCCGCCAAUGCCACGACCGAUCCUGUCCCCACACCAACCAACGCUUCCAUCGCCCCUGCACCCAUCACCAGUACCACCGUGGCGCCUCCCACCAUGACUCCAGUCAAACCCACUCCACCUGCCGAUUUGAGUGCGGGAGACUACCGGCUCAUGAAGGGCAAAGCCGUUUGCUUGAUGGCCCAUGUGGCCUUGCAGGUCCGACUCGUGACACCAGAGGCCAGCGGAACAUUCAUCGUGCAGCCCAACAAGACUCGAGCCACUGGGGAGUGUCAGGAGAACAAGGCCAAUCUCACGCUGGUCUUCCAGGAGGGUUUCAUCACCUUCAUGUUCAACAAGAGCACCACCGAAAACAUCGCCUACGUUGACACAUUGAUGUUCAGCCUCGCCUACCCCUUGAGCAACGUCAGCGGACACUACGCCGCCACCAACCACUCGCUGCGUGCCUUCCCUGCAAAGAUCGGCCACUCGUAUUCGUGCCGGAGCGAAUCCGUCUACAUGGGGAAUGGCCUGUAUAUGGAUGUCAAGGAUGACCGGAUGCAGGGCUUCAAUCUGACCAAGAGCAAUGAAUUUGGUGUCACUGACCACUGUGUGGCCGACCAGCCCGAUUACAGCGUGGCCAUCGGUGUGGGCGUCACUUUGCUGGUGCUGGUCUUGGUGGUGUUGGCGGUCUACUUACUGGGCCGCAAGAGGAGGACGGAUGGCUACCAGUCACUGUGAGGACCUCCCCCAAGGGAAGGCCGGUUCUUGGCCAACCCAACGCUGCCGCCCACCCCCGUGUAAAAUCCUCGUCCGGUCCCCUCCACGCUUCCAAUUACUCAAGGUUCUACAUCCAGGGUAUAUCUUACAAUUGCAACUGCUAGCAGGUCAGCAUUAAAUUCCCCGAACCUGAAUAGAGCAAGAGACCACCCACAGUCACAAAAAUGCCAAGAUUGAGGUGAUCCAGAUUGUAGAAAUCGGGCAACCCUUACUGAUUGGCCUCGGCACUUUCCAAAAUUCAGUUUUGGUGUCUUAGCAAAAAUGUUAGCAUAUCAAUUGUUCCCAGGUUAGAAUUUGAUCAGUUCUCAUCAGAGCUAGCCCUAGAAUACAGGGAGAGAUGGCAAACGGUACCAAUAUGUCUCAUUGAAUCCUGCUUUUUUUUUUUUUUUUUUUUUGCCUCCAAGUCAGGUUGCCGGUAAGCUUCACUGGAGCCGCUGUGUAUGUUUUACAGAAUUGUGCUGUUUUGUUGUUGUUGUGUUUUUU